AUGCGAGAGAGCAAUUGCCAUGCCAGUCAGGUGACAUCUGACAACGACUGGUCUUUUGCUCCACCACAAGUCUCACCUCCCCGUCUGUCGACGCUGAUCGAAGAAACUUCCACAAAGGAGGGCAGUGGGGAGAAGGCAGAAACGCAGGCAAGAAAUGAUGUCGUCCCUGUCUCGACAAUAGCGAGACACCCUGAUACCGCCGACAAUACCGAUCCUGCCUUGCUCGAAGAAGCCAGCUUAUUUUCCACGCUGGACCGCGAGCACCACGAUCGCCUCACACGAUAUAUUGCAAGCCAUCUGUUCAUUGUCAACGAAGCACUAUACAGAGGGUUGUACGAGGAAAAUGUUCACUAUGAUGAUGGUUCUGUGUUUGGGGUUGAAGAGUUUGAUGGUGUAGAUGACGGGAAUGUGAAACAAAAGAAACGAGAAAGGAGAAAUUGUGGCUCCUCCGGCUCUGCGAAGAGCGAUUCCAAGAAGCUGAGAAAAACAGUGCUGGAAGACCAGAAGUUCCCUGUUGAAGACGGAUCUACAGCGGCUUUGAGUACAGAGUCUAAUGCUGACAGCGCGAUUGCGGCGAUAUCAGAGGUUACUCGAGAAGCUACCAACACAUCUGUUCCAUCGAAUCAUGAGAUCUCAGAUGUGAACACUAAUGCACUUGAAACCAGAGAAAACAAGAAAAAUGCAGCUCCUUCUGAUACUAAGGCGCAGAAGGGGAAGCCCUGGAAACAAAGGUCCAGACCAGCCAAAGUCAGCCACCAUUUUGCUAAGCGCAGAGAAGGGAAGUCUGUAGCCAGCAAUCUUUCCGGCAGAAAGAACCCCCAGCAAUCAAAAUCAGCAAAUACAGACAAAUGCAGCAAGGCAGACAAUGCAAAAACCAGUGAUGAGGUGAUGUCGAAAUAUUUUGCCAAGUCUACAGGCCAGAAGGGAAAGAAGACUAAUCUGGGAGAAGUAGAAACAGGUGCUACUGACAUCUACACUGCACUAGCUUUUGGUGCUCCAGUGCCUGCUGGUAUAGAUCAAUCUCUCCUUGACCUGUUGUUGUCUUCUGAUUCUUCUCUAAGCAAUGUUCCCAGCGACAUGAGCUCCAUCACUGUCGACACUUCUCCCUUAUCUCCUCUUCUGAGACAAGAUACACCAGGCCAGCCUGCUGAAGAUCUAAGUAUUCCUCAAACUCCAACCAAGUCCGCACAGCCUCCGGCGAAGAAACCUCAGAAGCUUCCAAAAGUUUCACCCUACUUCCCUAAACCUUCCAGUGACGCAGAGUCGUGUUUGCCUUUCCCACCCAUAUCAGCAGAAUCAUUUGGCUUGAUUCAGGAACAGCUAGCACACAACCCUUUCCGCCUGUUGCUGGCCACCAUCUUCCUGAACCAGACCCGCGGAGGUGUUGCCAUCCCUGUCCUUUUCCAUGUCUUCGGGCGGUAUCCGACCGUCGAAGCCAUGGCAGCUGCAGACCUGGCGGAUGUCAUCGAAAUGAUUCAUUGCCUGGGUUUCCAGAAACCAGCGCGCGAAGAAAUGCAUCAAGCUCGCAAAGACAUGGCUGGUGGCGCCGCCUAUGAAGGGGAAGCAAUACCGCAAGCUCAAUUACCCCAAGAAUGGCGAUGGACGAGACGUCGGUCCGGACAAGUGCAUCGACGACGACGAUCCGCGCGUCGCAUGGGAGAUUGCGCAUCUUCCGGGCGUUGGGGCCUACGCGAUCGACAGCUGGCGCAUCUUCUGCCGCAACAAACUCGGCAGUCUGGCGUCAGAUUGGAAGGGCAAGUCGGCAGAGUCAGAGGACUUUGA